AUGGAACAUGCACACUUUGCGACCCAGCUCAACAAGGCGAAGAUGAUCAACAAGGUUGUCGGUCCAUUCGACACCGAUGGUCGCUACAUGAUCGAGGAUCGUAUCGUCCAUCAUCUCAUAUACGAACUGGCGGCAUACAGCCUCGACACGUUUCUCACGAUGCAGCCAAGUCAACUGGCUCUUAGAAGCAAUCAAACCUCUUCUUCGGUGAAGGCAUGCUCAAAGAACAUGUGGCCUGGUGAUCUGAUCGCCGAAAGCAUGAAUCUUGCGGACGCUCUGGAUUUCCUCCACAAUGGCAUUUUCACCGAAACGAGCCUAUCCCUUGUGCACAACAACCUUACGCCACACAACAUACUUGAGGUCUACCCAGACAAUCAAGAUGCUCGCAAUCGUUAUCCCGUCGGUCAAUGGAAGAUAGCUAAUUUCGGCCUUUCAUUUAUCAAGCCUAGAAGGAGGACACACGAUACACUAUCUAGCUUUGACAAAAGUCCUAUCUCAGAUGACUACAGAGGAGAGCUUGUGACAGAUGCUGUAGGGAUAGUCAAUACAGUCGUAAGCGUGCGCAUGCGUCAGCCCGGAAGAUACAAGCCUCCCGAGUGGGACCAAGUCGGACCGCAGAAGAUAGAUGGAAUAAGCGCGGAUAUAUGGUCGCUUGUCUGUAUCCUUGCCGAAAUAUUCACUUAUGCUGUCGAAAUAGAUCCAAAACAGGUGAAAUACCUUCGCGAAGCAUUGCUAGGACCUCAUCCGCGAUUCUACAAUACAACUUCGUGUGGAAUCAGAUCCGAACUCCUAUCCCUCUUGGAAAGUCUUCCUACGGUUCGGUGCAGCUUCAAAGGUACCAAUAUGGGUGCAUCGUGGGUGCACUCGUGCGUGAAAUUGAUCAAAGCGAUUGUUGUUGCCGACCCUACAAAGAGGCUUGCGGCAAAGUUUAUUCGCAACAGUCUACAAGAGAUUCAUGAAUCAAUGGCUCGUUCCCAGAAAGAUUUUACGGUCAAGACUAAACACGUAACAAAGAAGAGUGUGAAGACUAUCGCAAAAGAGGAACCCGCAUAUGCCCUAGAUGAAGCAAAGUGCGCAUCUACUACAGAGAGCCUAACAGCAAGACUACCACGCAGUAAUGUUUAUUCUGAUCCUCUCGACUACUUAGCUCCAUGGGCCAUACCUGGGUCAUCAGUUGCUGUUGUGGAAGAGAGAAUUCGAGAAGAGUCCGACAGCAAAGGGAAGGAUGUAAUAUCACCACCAACGUCAAACUUCGCACAAUUACAAGGCCAUGGACACUCGUGGAGAUGA